AUGGCGGCGGCGCGCUCCCCACGAGCGCCCGCGGCGUCUCAGAGUCGGGGGUCGCGCUCCGGCGGGCGCGUGGACGCCUGGUCGCGUCGCCUGCCGCCGCUGAUGUCAGCCCUGAAUGCAUUUAUAAUAGAUGAGCCUCCCUUCAUGCAGGAGCGCGGCGGGCUGGCGGCCCCGCCGGACACGCUGGCUACCUCCGGGCGCCCCGCCGGGGAGACUCGGGCGUCCCGGGAGCGCGGAGGGCGCGUGGCCCGGGCUGGGAGGGGUCCGGGCGCGCGGAGCAAGCGCCGCCUCGGGAGCCCUCCUGCCUGCGGAGGGAGGCGCCUGAAGUUUGGGGAGCCGGGCGCGGCGGCCCGGGAGAGCUGGGGGGACCUGGGCGCCGAGCGCUGCCCAGAGUCCCUCCGGCCGCGGUCGGACGAAGCCCCAGGGCGGGGGCCCCUAGGACGAAGCCCCAGGGGCGAGCGGUCGCCGGCCGGGCCGAAGGUGUCGGGGCGCGGCGAGGACCUCGGGCCGGCCGGGCGCACUGCCGGCAGCCAGAAGCGGGCCCUGGGCUCUCCGCACUGGGGCCACCCGGCCCGGGCUUCUCCACCCCCGGCGACCCGGCCCGACCCGGGGUGGCGGCCAGCGGCGCCGUUCUACCGGCGGCGACCGCUUUCGGGGCCUCUCCUUUGCGCAGCGGAGUGUCCCGGCGGGGACCAGAGCCCGCCGCGGGGACUGGCCGCCCGGCCUCGCCUCCCCUUCCGCAUGGGUCAGGCUGGGGCUGGAGCGUGCUGUUCGGGGCUAGCCCCGGGCUGGGUGCUGAAGCCAGCAGUGAGUAAACAGACCCUAUCUGGCGUUCGUGGAGCCGCCAUCAACCAAAUGAUCACACCAGUUCCAACUACUAACUGUGAUAAUAAAGACGUCACUUGUACUGGGUUCACGGACACCUUCAACAUGGACACCAGGAAGCCUCGAAUCAUCGCUGGCUCCAGGGCCGCCUUCUUCGGUUACACAGUGCAGCAGCAUGACAUCAGUGGCAAUAAGUGGCUGGUCGUGGGCGCUCCAUUGGAAACCAACGGCCACCAGAAGACGGGAGACGUGUACAAGUGUCCGGUGACCCACGGGAACUGCACCAAGCUCAACCUGGGAAGGGUCACUCUCUCCAACGUGUCUGAGCGGAAGGACAACAUGCGUCUCGGCCUGAGCCUGGCCACCAACCCCAAGGACAACAGCUUCCUGGCCUGCAGCCCCCUCUGGUCUCACGAGUGUGGGAGUUCCUACUACACCACCGGGAUGUGUUCACGAGUCAACUCCAACUUCAGGUUCGCCAAGACGGUGGCCCCCGCUCUCCAAAGGUGCCAGACCUACAUGGACAUCGUCAUUGUCCUGGAUGGCUCCAACAGCAUCUACCCCUGGGUGGAGGUCCAGCACUUCCUCAUCAACAUCCUGAAGAAGUUUUACAUCGGCCCUGGGCAGAUCCAGGUUGGGGUUGUCCAGUAUGGAGAAGACGUGGUGCAUGAAUUUCACCUCAAUGACUACAGGUCUGUAAGAGAUGUGGUAGAAGCCGCCAGCCACAUUGAGCAGAGAGGAGGAACAGAGACCCGGACAGCAUUUGGCAUCGAAUUUGCUCGCUCAGAGGCUUUCCAGAAAGGCGGAAGGAAAGGGGCCAAGAAGGUGAUGAUUGUCAUCACAGAUGGGGAGUCCCAUGACAGCCCAGACCUGGAGAAGGUGAUCCAGCAAAGCGAGAGAGACAACGUGACCAGAUACGCUGUGGCCGUCCUGGGCUACUACAACCGCAGGGGGAUCAAUCCAGAAGCUUUUCUAAAUGAGAUCAAAUACAUCGCCAGUGACCCCGAUGACAAGCACUUCUUCAACGUUACUGACGAGGCGGCCCUGAAGGACAUUGUUGAUGCCCUGGGGGACAGGAUCUUCAGCUUGGAAGGCACCAACAAGAACGAGACGUCCUUCGGGCUGGAGAUGUCCCAGACCGGCUUUUCUUCUCACGUGGUGGAGGACGGCAUUCUGCUGGGAGCCGUUGGCGCCUAUGACUGGAACGGAGCCGUGCUGAAGGAGACCAGUGGCGGGAAGGUCAUUCCCCUCCGCGAGUCCUACCUGAAGGAAUUUCCCGAGGAGCUCAAGAAUCAUGGCGCCUAUCUAGGUUCCCAGCAAGCCCUGCCUGGAAGAAUUGCCGCCUCCGACUUGGUUCCCGGCCUCCAGUAUUUUGGCUGCAGCAUCCACGGACAGCUGGACCUCAACGAGGAUGGGCUGGUGGACCUGGCGGUGGGCGCCCUUGGCAAUGCUGUGAUUUUGUGGUCCCGUCCCGUGGUUCAGAUCAACGCCAGCCUCCACUUUGAGCCGUCCAAGAUCAACAUCUUCCACAGGGAUUGCAAACGCAGCGGCAGGGACGCCACCUGCCUGGCCGCCUUCCUCUGCUUCACGCCCGUGUUCCUGGCACCCCAUUUCAAAACGGACACAGUCGGCAUCAGAUACAACGCCACCAUGGAUGAGAGGCGGUACACGCCGCGGGCCCACCUGGAUGAGGGCGGGGACCGAUACACCAACCGAGCUGUCCUGCUCUCCUCCAGCCAGCAGCACUGUGAGCGGAUCAACUUCCAUGUCCUGGACACUGCUGACUACGUGAAGCCGGUGGCCUUCUCGGUCGAGUACUCCCUGGAGGACCCGGACCACGGCCCCAUGCUGGACGACGGCUGGCCCACCACCCUCCGUGUCUCGGUGCCCUUCUGGAAUGGCUGCAGUGAGGACGAGCACUGCGUCCCUGACCUCCUGCUGGAUGCCCGCAGUGACCUGCCCACAGCCAUGGAGUACUGCCAGAGGGUGCUGAGGAAGCCUGUGCAGGACUGCUCCACUUACACGCUCACCUUUGACACGGCGGUUUUCAUCAUAGAGAGCACGCGCCGGCGGGUGGCAGUGGAGGCCGUGCUGGAGAACAGGGGCGAGAAUGCCUAUAGCACAGUCCUAAAUAUUUCGCAGUCAGCAAACCUGCAGUUUGCCAGCUUGAUCCAGAAGGACGACUCAGACGGCAGCAUCGAGUGCGUGAACGAGGAGAGGAGACUCCACAAGAAAGUCUGCAACGUCAGCUACCCCUUCUUCCGGGCCAAGGCCAAGGUGGCUUUCCGCCUAGACUUUGAGUUCAGCAAAUCCGUCUUCCUGCACCACCUGGAGAUCCGGCUCACGGCUGGCAGUGACAGUGAUGAGGAGGAGAGCACCAAGGAAGACAACACCGCCCUCCUGCGCUCCCACCUCAAAUACGAGGCUGAUGUCCUUUUCACCAGGAGCAGCAGCCUGAGCCACUACGAGGUCAAGCCCAAUAGCUCACUGGAGAGGUAUGAUGGCAUCGGGCCUCCCUUCAGCUGCGUUUUCAAGGCAAGUUCCUUCCCCUCCCUGGGCCUCGUCCAGAAAAUAAUGGGGCUGGACUGUGAGGAUGUAUCAGUGAAGGUUAAGAGCAAACCUCGGAAUCAUAGCAACUCUGACGUGGUCUCCAUCAGCUGCAACGUGAGGCUGGCCCCUAACCAGGAAAUCCAUUUCCAUCUGCUGGGGAAUCUGUGGCUGAGGUCCCUAAAAGCACUCAAGUACAAGUUGAUGAAGAUCACGGUCAAUGCAGCCUUGCACAGACAGUUCCACAGUCCCUUCAUCUUCCGCGAGGAGGAUCCCAGCCGUCAGAUCACGUUUGAGAUCUCCAAGCAAGAAGACUCUCAGAUCCCCAUCUGGAUCAUCGUGGGCAGCACGCUGGGGGGUCUCUUGCUGCUGGCCCUGCUCGUCCUGGCACUCUGGAAGCUCGGCUUCUUUAAAAGUGCCAAGCGCAGGAGGGAACCUGGCCUGGACCCCACCCCCAAAGUGCUGGAGUGA